AUGACCGAAAUCCCGCCUUCUAUGGAAAAGGCCACUCCGUUGGCCGUGUUUCUCACCUCGGUAUGCCCCGGUCUUCCAAUCUUGGACGAUAACUUGCAUUUUUCCCUCGACAAUAGUUUGUGUCCAACUCGGCUAAACGCCAUUGAAAGUUUCAACUGGCCGCUCACAGGCGUCGACGCGUCGGUUUCCGCCAAAGCGCAUCUUGACCACACUUACUUGCAUGUUUCGCGGCCGCCGUACCAGCUGGAUAUCCAUAGAAAUAUCGAGUCCACCACCUACGUUCCCAUGCCGCUUCAUUAUGCGAAUAUCUUCUCAAACUUGGUUUCCGAAGGCGGGGACCAAAAGCAGGAUGGCGCCAAGCACGUGGGCGCCAACGUUAAUCCGCUCUUGCGUGACCCGUACCAUUUCGUCCAUCUUAAUCCCGGCUGUCUAUCUUCGAUGAUCACGCUACACAACCAUGCGGACUCGAUUCCCCAAACGCCCGAAUUUCGGAAUCCGUUCAAUAAGGUAACUAAUAGCAUCAACAGGUUGCUACGUAUUGGGGCAUCAGACACCACGCAGCCGGCCCACUGGCAUGCUUUGACAUCAGAUCCAGCCAACGACGGACAUAUUCCUGCUCCUUUCAAGGGUACCCCAAGGAGGCACCUGCGAGAUCCAGCGAUUGUCUCGUCGCUCAUUGACUUUGACAAAAAGUCCUAUUUUUCGCGUCUAUCAUCUUCGGGUACAAGUAAACUCUUGGUCAGUGCGCAUAUUAAUGUUGUCAAUGUAUUUGCUAUAGACCAGAACCACAACUACGCUUGCACAAACACAAGCCAGUCCACAAGCCAGAUAUACCCGCAGCCACCGGCGCCCGUUGUUCCCACGUCUCAUUCUCCAAAUGGCAGUUCCACCCUGGUGCAGUCCCUGCCAGAGCUGUACAAGAGGGUGACUGAGGGCCCGGUCUUGCGGAUUCAACUAAACAGCCAGCUGAUGGUCACGUCGAUGAUCACAAUUGCUAGUGAAAUGCUUGUCGUCCUAGGUCUUAGCAACGGUGAUCUUUUCAUGAUCAAUCUCACUUCUCUAACCUUCCGCCACUUCAAUGACCUAGGCAACAAUGGCCCCAUCGGAAUACAGGGCUCUCUGAGCAUCAAGUCAGUUACUUCCCUCUGUGCUUUGGGCCACCCUACCUAUGGACUCCUUAUUAUUGCGGGAUAUGCGACAGGUGAGGUGGUCAUCGUGGAUCCCAGUGCUCCUCCCAAAUCCGAGGGCGUAUACGUCAAGGAAGUUGUUGGCAGUGACCGCUUUGUCACUUACUUCAAACUUUUUGACUUGAGCGGCUGGGACAAAAAGGAUACAUCGCAAGUUGAUGACACAUCUCCAUCAUACCUCAUUGGACACUUUAAAAUCAGCCACAAGCCAAUCACCUCCAUUGCAACUACCAUUCCUUAUGAAAGCCUGGUGGAAAACUCUCACAAUCCUAUGAUUUUGGCCCUUGCUUCUGAAGAUGGGCUUGUGCGCUUUGUUGAUCUCAUAGCCACGUAUGGCAAGAACUAUGGGAACUCUGACAAUUUCUAUAACCUGCCCAUUUUGACGGACAUUGUGUCGAACUAUUUCCAAGAAGGCGUGAGAGACAUAGACUUUUCGCCUGACUACAAGUUUUUUGUAUCAUGUGGGAAAGGUGAUCUAGUGGAAAUCUUCAAGAUGAGCUACUAUAACAUCAAUGUACUUUUACGCAAGAAGACUGACCCUACUCUGAACAAAGGGGGCAGAUCCCGGAGCGGAACAAUCAACAGCUCAAGCUCAAAUCUUCAUCUGCUGGCCUCGUUUCUUGGGUUUGCUACUGGUUCAAACUCGUUGGAAAUUCCGACGGCUGAAUGUCCUGAAACAUACUAUGCACCUUCGAUCAAAGACAUUGCGAUUGUAAGUAGAUUGAAGGGUCAUGCAAACACUGUUCAGAAAGUGUGUUUUGUGUCCAAAGAUCAAUAUCUCAGCCCGCAGAAUUCUCUGAAUACCGGAACCUAUAAUUUGAUAUCUUGUGGUAGUGACGGUGCGGUCAACUUUUGGGAAUUCAACAACAAAGCACUUCCCAGAAUAAAAAAGAGCCAUUUCACGACAAGUGCACGAAGACAUUCUCACAAUGCAGAUUCUGCUCUGACGUCCCAAUUACAUUCUGUCUCUUCGCGGGGCAAACCAAACCCCUCUCCAAACGCUGUUCGUCAACACAACCGGGGCCGAUCGCUCAAUCAAUCCGAAGACUUGCAACUUCAUACUUCCUUCAGUAAAUUGGGUAUCAACAAUUUAUUAAGCUCCAAUGCAAGUCCAAUAAAUUCCCCAGGCAAUUCAGAGGAGAAACUUCAGAUAGUCUUCUCCCUUUACAAAUCCUUGUAUGAGAUGCGACUCAAAAAGCAUUACACAAAGCAGAAACGAGAGCUCAAAGCAAAGUAUCCUUGCAUACUUCACGGAAUUGUGAACGAUAAAGACCUCCCUUCUAUCAAAGUUCCUUUGCUAACCAUGGAUUUGUCUUGUUUGAUGAAGAACGGGCACAUAUCAGGAUUUCACUGUGACUCAAAAGACUUUUGGAUAUACGGAAAGAGUGGUGACAUUUUCAAGUAUAGGCUAGGCCUUUAA